AUUCAUUCGUCGUUUUGUGUUUAUUUGUAAACAUUGUAAAUAAACAAAAGUUCUAGAAAACUCGAGCAAAUAAGAAAUUUUGUCUUUUCUAGUCUAUUAUUGUAACAACCUCAAAGAACAAUGACUUCUGAAAGAGCAGAAACAAUACUGAAUGGCUUCCAAAUUAAUUGGAUAAAAUUGACUAACGCUGAUGAUGGCAAAAUAAUCUGGCAUGAAGCAAAAGACUUUUCAGAUUCAAAAGAAAUGCAUGAAGCUAGAGUACCAACAAGUAUAUUAGAUGUGAGAGCAAUAUUGCGAGAAAUUAAUUUUAGUUCAGUGGAGGAACUAAAAAACUUCAGAAUCGUUCAAAUGGCGAAAUUCAAAGGCAAACUUCUAGAACAAUGGGCUUUUACGAUGGGUGGCGUCAAACCAUGUACAACAAAUUCAUGGAUCUCUACUAUAGAAGCAGCACCAGAAUCACAAAUGAUGCCUGCUAAAGUAUUAAAUGGAAAUGUUACAAUUGAAACAGAAUUUUAUGAUGAUGAAGAAAAAUUCGCAACUUCAAUCGAAAUCUACUUGAUGACGAAUAUGAUAACAUUGCCACCUGAACAAACACUAAUUAUUUUUGUACAUAACUUAUAG